UCCUUGGCUUUGCCUGGCGCCAGAACAAAGAUUCGGGGUAAACUUCCAGCCCUGGUGGGUGGGGGAGUGGUGUGAAGGGCCCUGUCCCAGCGGUGCUAAUGGGGAAAAUGUCUCUCUGUGUUCCCAGGAGGAUAUGAAGCGUUUUCAGCUUCCUGCCCGGAGCUGUGCAGCAAACAGUCGACCCCCAUGGGGCUCAGCCUUCCCCUGAGUACUAACGUCCCUGACAGCGCCGACUCGGGGUGCAGUUCCUGCAGCACCCCACUCUACGAUCAGGGUGGCCCAGUGGAGAUCCUGCCCUUUCUGUACCUGGGCAGUGCCUAUCAUGCUUCCCGCAAGGACAUGCUGGAUGCCUUGGGCAUCACCGCCUUGAUCAACGUCUCCGCCAAUUGUCCCAACCAUUUCGAGGGUCACUACCAAUACAAAAGCAUCCCCGUGGAGGACAACCACAAGGCGGACAUCAGCUCCUGGUUCAACGAGGCCAUUGACUUCAUAGACUCCGUCAAGAACUCCGGAGGGAGGGUGUUUGUCCACUGCCAGGCGGGCAUUUCCCGCUCGGCCACCAUCUGCCUCGCGUACCUCAUGCGGACUAACCGGGUCAAGCUGGACGAGGCCUUUGAGUUUGUGAAGCAGCGGAGAAGCAUCAUCUCCCCCAACUUCAGCUUCAUGGGCCAGCUGCUGCAGUUCGAGUCCCAGGUCCUGGCCCCCCACUGCUCGGCAGAGGCGGGAAGCCCCGCCAUGUCCGUGCUGGACCGGGGCGCCUCCACCACCACCGUCUUCAACUUCCCCGUCUCCAUCCCGGUCCACUCCACGAACAGUGCGCUGAGCUACCUUCAGAGCCCCAUUACGACCUCUCCCAGCUGCUGAAAGGCCAUGGGAGGCGAUCUUCACCACCCACCGGGACUCCAGGCUCCCCCUUGAGAGAAAAUGCAGUCACUCCAGGGAGGGGCUCCUGAGGGCUGGUCCUUACUUAUUUAUUAACUUCCCCCGAGUUCCACUGGGUUCCCAAGCAGCCACAGUGAUGGCUGAGCAGCAAGGCGUUCGCUGGACUCGGCAUAUUCGGGACCAACGUCGAGUGGGUACCUCGCGUCCCCCUGACAAAGAGGGGCAGAAGGGAAAGGACUCCGCCUGCGAGCCGAUUCUUUUCGCUUGCCCCCGUUUUUCUGUCCACACUUCAUGCUUGACAUACGUACCAGUGUUACCAUUCCCGACGACACAUGCAUAUGCGAAUAUACCUUAUUUAUUUUUGUGCGGGCGGCCCGCCCUCACAAAGGUCAGUGUCGCCUCCUAGAAGAACCAAAUACCUCAGUUUUUGUGUUGAGUACUGUCACGUCCUGUAAAUACAGCCCGGGCAGGCUUGUUCUCAGCACUGGCGGAAGGAGGCGCCAGUGUUGCUGUUUUGAGUUGCCAACAGUUGUCUGUUUGCUGAUUAUUUAUGACCUGAAAUAAUAUAUUUCUUCUUCUGAGAAGACAUUUUGUUACAUAAGGAUGACUUUUUUUUAUACAACAGAAUAAAUUAUGGCAUUUCUAUUGAA